AUGCUCACUAUCGUUGACCGCUUCACCCGUUGGCCAGAAGCAACCCCGGUCCCCGACGCCACCGCGGCCACCGUCGUUUCGGCUCUCCUAACAACAUGGGUGUUGCGGUACGGCGUUCCUUCCAUCAUCACGACGGACCGCGGCGCCCAAUUUGAGUCCGCCCUCUUCACCAGCCUCACCAACAUACUGGGCGUCAGACGGAUUCGUACUACCGCGUACCACCCGGCCUCCAAUGGCAUGGUGGAGCGGCUUCACCCCGAGUUGGUCUAUGGCACCUCAUUGCGACUCCCCGGUGACCUCAUCUCUGCCGCAGUGGACCCCGUAGCCGUACCACCAGCCGGCUAUGUGUCCCGCCUACGAGACACGAUGAAUGCUCUUCGUCCCAGCCCCACCCGCACACCACGCCCUGCCACCGGUUUCCAGCACCCCGCCCUCGAAACAUGCUCGCAUGUUUUCCUUCGGUGCGACGCCGUGAGGAAACCCUUGCAACGACCCUACUCUCGUCCUCACGGCGUACAGCACAGAGCCUCUACCCACUACACCAUCCUGGUCAGAGAACAAACUGUCGCGCUGGAACGUCUCAAGCCAGCUUUCCUCGAGGCCCCUCAAGAAACAUCCAACGCUUGCUCCAUCGGUGUUUCUCCCGACCUGGACCUUGGCAAUCCCACUAGCCCUCCCCAUCGACCCCCCUCCAGUCCUCCUGCCCGCCGCAACAACCGCAAAUGGACCCUCACCCCCGAGUUUCCUGGGCACCACACCUCCACAACGCUCAUUAGCUUCCGGCGACUCGCUAGGGGGGAGCCCUGUAGCAGCAUCGUCAUCACCAUCCCCCGCGCACCAAUGAUCAAGGCGCGCGGGUAA